AUGGGGCUGCAGCGCCGUUGCCAUGGGAACAGCAACUCUGUCCCCCCCCCCCCGGAACAGGCCGUCGCCGUGGGAACAGCGACUCUGUUUCCUCCCCCCCGGAACGGGCCGUCACCAUGGGAACAGGAAGAGCCCCCGAGCGGAAGCGGCGGCGAUGGAGCUGCACCAGCUCUCUUGGUCAGGUACGAGUACGGAUUACCAGAGCAACCUCCGGACCAGCUGAAGGUGUUCCUCAAGUGCCUGCCGGUCCUAGUCCUCAUCGCUCUGAUCCUGGAGAGCCAGCAUGGAAAUGACUUCUCCCUCAGGCUGGUGGUAGCCAUGGGCUUUGCUGCUGCAGGUGACGUGUGCCAGCUCUACAAAGAUCAACACUUCACUCAUGGUGUAAUCUCUUUUGGGAUUGCAUACUGUCUGUUUGCAGUGGCAUUUGGGCUGAAGGUAGACCACAAGUGCCUGGGUGCUCUAAUCUGUGUGGUGGCUACGGCAACAUAUUACUUGGUAACUCCUGGUGUCCAGGGUGUGUCACAGCCCGUUGUGCUUGCCUACACGCUGGCGGUCUUGCUGAUGAUCUGGAGGGCCAUGGCUUGGUGGAGGAAUACUCACCACAGGAGCAGCUUGUGUGCCAUGUAUGGGGCAAUCAUUCUCGCCAUCUCCAAUGUCAUCCUGUCCAAUCACAUCUUCCAGUUCCCCGUCCCCCACAGCCCCCUUCUGCUCAGUUCCUGCUACUACACGGGGCAAUUGCUCAUCGCCAUGUCUUCACUCUAG